AUGUCCAUGAUUCCAGAACUAAACACCUUCCAUAUCCCACUUGAUCACAUCAAAUUGGCAACCAACAACUUUGCCCAUCACAAUUUACUCGGCCAGGGUGGGUUUGGGCGGGUCUACAAAGGCCAACUAGCCGUUUCCGGUGACCCAGCUUCUACUGUUAAUGUCGCUGUAAAACAGUUAGAUGUGAGGCACGGACAAGGAGAGCGUGAGUUCUUGACGGAAAUCGUCAUGCUUGCUAGUUACAAACAUGAUAACCUCGUCGGUUUCAUUGGGUUCUGCGAUGAAGAUGGCGAGAAAGUCAUUGUUUACAAGCAUGAGGAUCGUGGAAGCCUUGAUAAGUAUCUAGCCGACACGGAACUCACAUGGUUGCAACGUCUUCAAAUAUGUCUUGGUGCGGCUCGUGGACUAGCUUAUCUUCAUGGCGAUGUGGGAUUAGGACACAGGGUGCUACACCGCGACAUAAAAAGCUCUAACAUUUUACUAGAUGCAAAUUGGGAAGCUAAGAUUUCUGAUUUCGGGUUGUCUAAAAUAGGUCCCAUGAAUCAAGAUUACACUUUUCUUGUCACGAAUCCUUGCGGCACAGUCGGCUAUGUUGAUCCACAAUACGUUAACACCGGUAUACUUACAAAAGAAUCUGACGUUUAUUCUUUUGGUGUGGUAUUAUUUGAAGUUCUAUGUGGGAGGCUUGCAGUGAUUCAAGAAUAUGAAGAUGUGCGUAGAUUUCUAUCCAGAUUGGUGAAAACUUAUGAUCCGAUGGAAGUAUCAGACGAAAUCAUCUUCCCGAAUCUACGAGAAGAAAUGAAGCCUGAUUCGUUAGAAGUAUUCUCCAAAAUUGCUUAUCGGUGCCUGGAUGUCGAAAGAAAGCAUCGCCCAACGAUGAGAUUAAUCGUCCAAGAACUAGAAACCGCGUUGCAACUUCAAACCAAUAUCAGAAAGACCAUGUUAUGGGGAUCAAGCGCAGGUGGAUCGCCAUGGUCGUUCCGGCUAGAGAACCAUCAGAAGUUGAAAAAGAUAUUCAUAGAUGUUGAUGCAAAUUUCAUUUAUUCGAUUGCUUUUGCCAUCCAAGAUACGAAUAGUAGUGAUUCAAUGCUUUAUUUUCAACAACAUGGUGGUAGCCAUGGCCCCAGUGGUGAUACCAUUUUUCAGAUCAACUUUGAUAGCGAUGAAGAGAUAACCGGAAUACAAGGAACGUUAAUGGGACUGUAUGGACAUCGUACGCUGAUCUCGUCAUUGUGUUUGUCGACGAACAAAAAGACACAUGGGCCAUUUGGUAAGGAGGGAGGGAGUCGUUUUUCAGAAUCAUGGGAGAAAGGUUGUUUCAAAGGGUUUUAUGGUCGUGCAGGGUAUUACUUGGAUGCUUUAGGUUGUUAUUUGAAAACUAUGCAAUGA